AUGAAAGCGGAGCAUCCAACCAAAAGACUUCGAAAUAAUAAGCAUCCACGUCAUGAAAAGCACCACGUGUUGGAUCUCGAUUGGGUGAAAGCAUGUAAAGUAACGUGUCUCCAAGACUCCAGCGUAGAUCAAAGUAAACUCGCGUGUCGUUCCCGGUCCGCGUCGGGCCAUUGCAGAGACCAUUUAGAAAGCAAAGCAAGUUUCAUCAUUCUUUGGCAGCGACGUGAAUGCGCUCUUUCUCUUUCUUUCGAUCUGGAUAGUAAAUCGGGUCGAACCGUGGCUUCCUCAGGGUCGCAGAACCUUUCUCGAAGAAAGACUUCCUCUUCUUCUUCAUCUUCUUCUCAUCAACAAACGUCCGGGUCGACCCGGAUCGUUUACCGGGAGUCGCGGGGCACCUCGGAGUCCGAUUUACCGAUCUGGCAGCAGAACUGGUUCAUCGCAUUGCUAUUCGUCAUGGCUCUUGGAUUCUUCGCCCUCGCUCUCUUCCUCUUCCUCACUCUUGACACUGAAUUCGCUCCUUCUUCCACUGCCUCCGCCUCCGCCGCUUCCUCCGAAGGCGUCGAGGUGCAGGUUACGUAUGGCACGGUGCUGAAGCUUAUGCACGAGAAGACCAAAUUUCGGUUGCAUUCUCAUGACGUGCCCUACGGUUCUGGCAGUGGACAACAAUCGGUUACUGGCUUCCCCAAUGUUGACGAUUCCAAUAGUUACUGGAUUGUUAGACCUCAGCCAGGAACUAAUGCUAAACAAGGUGAUGCCAUUAAAAGUGGUACAAUCAUUAGACUACAGCAUAUGAGGACAAGGAAGUGGCUACACAGCCAUUUGCAUGCAUCCCCUAUAUCAGGCAAUCUUGAGGUGAGUUGUUUCGGAGGAGAAAAUGAAUCUGACACUGGUGACUACUGGAGGCUUUUAAUAGAGGGAAGUGGGAAGACUUGGAAGCAGGAUCAGAAGAUUCGCCUUCAGCAUAUUGACACUGGAGGCUAUCUGCAUAGUCAUGAUAAGAAAUACAGCCGCAUUGCUGGGGGGCAGCAGGAGGUUUGUGGUGUUCGUGAAAAGCGUGCUGACAAUGUGUGGUUGGCAGCUGAAGGUGUCUACCUUCCGGUCACGGAGAGCAAAUAA